ACCCGCUGGCGUCUUUGUCCUGAACUAUCUUGGAUGUCGAAAUCCCCCCCCACUUCUGCUUCCCUGGGUGACAGAAGAUGGUAGAGCAUCUGUUGAAUUGGAUGGCGCGUGGGGAUGGAAAAGGCAGAGCGGGCUUGUACUUCUCUACCAGUGUGUUCAGUCCACAGUCACUGAGUGCCGGGGGUCAGAAAUACAAAAACAUUUGCCUUUGCCCCUUAAGAAACGGAAUAGGAAGUGAGUCAAUGUUGAAUAUUAAUACAGCAGAUUAUUUCAUGAGUGGCUUUCUAUGUCUACGCCCCUGGCAGUAUUCUAAGCCUUAAGGGUUCAGCAGUGCAAGCGGAUACAGCAGGUCUUAAAUAUCCACUGUUAGGAUUAUUAUUUUCCUGGCAAACCGUCCUGGCAGAAUAUCCCACUGGUCUCCCAGCGCAUCAAAUCAGAUUCACAACCUUGAAAGUCGCAUUGCCUGCUGGAGAGAGCAUGAAGCUGAGCGGAGAAGGACUUGAACUUCCACCCCACUGCUGGGACUUACUGCCCCUUUUACCUGAAGCAAGUGGCUGAACCUCUCCCAUGCCCCACCUUUCUCAUCUGAAACCACAGAAUAUUUGUGAUCUAAGUCAGGAGCCCAGAUGAACUUAAGGGAGCGAACAUGGGAUUCUUAGUUUUCUAGGAUCCAUGUGCACCAAAUCCUUAAUCAGCCCAACACCAGCGUCUAGGCUUUCUCUGGUUUUGUGAAGACUCAGCAAAACUCUGAUGAUGGGAAAGCAAAAGACUUAAUUAUUUGCUUCGAUAGCCUCUAACAUCAGCGGAGAAGUGAACCAGACGGUAGUACAGCCAUGGAAAGAAAUUCAAGUUUAUGGAAGAACCUAAUAGAUGAACACCCAGUCUGCACCACCUGGAAGCAAGAGGCCGAAGGAGCCAUCUAUCAGCUUGCCAGUAUUUUAUUUGUAGUAGGUUUCAUGGGUGGCAGUGGAUUCUUCGGGCUCCUUUACGUCUUCAGUUUGCUGGGGUUGGGUUUCCUCUGUUCUGCUGUCUGGGCUUGGGUAGAUGUCUGUGCCGCAGACAUAUUUUCCUGGAAUUUUAUAUUGUUUGUCAUCUGCUUCAUGCGGUUUGUUCACAUUGCCUAUCAAGUCCACAGCAUCACCUUUGCCCGAGAAUUUCAGCUGUUGUACAGCUCCCUCUUCCAGCCUCUGGGGACUUCAUUGCCUGACUUCAGAACUAUUGCUAUGAGCUCAGAAGUGGUUACUUUGGAAAAGGAGCACUGUUAUGCCAUGCAGGGGAAAACCUCCAUUGACAAACUCUCCCUGCUUGUUUCAGGAAGGAUCAGAGUGACAGUUGACGGCGAAUUUCUGCAUUACAUUUUCCCCUUCCAGUUCCUGGAUUCUCCCGAAUGGGACUCACUGAGACCCACAGAGGAAGGCAUUUUUCAGGUAACCCUCACAGCAGAAACUGAUUGUCGCUAUGUGUCUUGGAGGAGAAAGAAAUUAUAUUUGCUCUUGGCUCAGCAUCGUUACAUCUCCCGCCUAUUUUCAGUCUUAAUUCGUAGUGACAUUGCAGAUAAACUCUAUGCCUUGAAUGACAGGAUAUAUAUAGGAAAAAGGUACCAUUACGAUAUUCGGUUACCCAACUUCUACCAAAUGUCAACUCCAGAAAUGUCCAGAUCACCCCUGACAGAGCAUUUUCGGAAUUCCAGGCAACAUUGUGAUAAACAACAUUGAAGUCUGAAGUUUUAUAAUUGUAAAAAAAGACUCUCUUCAUCAUUCCCCAAAUGAAAUAGCAAAAUACAGAAAAUCGAGCUCACUAAUAUUUUUAUAAAUCCAAUUCAGAAGUAAGAUGCCCAUUGCCAGCUGUUUUAUUCAUCUCAACUUGUGGACUGUGAAUAAAUUCGACACUGUUUUCCUGUA